GUCUACCUCUUGGCGAGCAGGGGACCCUUUUUUCUUUUUCCUUCGAACGAAGAUUCGACUCGACUGGCGAAAGCGUUUUGCCACGGAUUCUUUCGUCAGAGCGAUUCUUUUAAAAAAAGAACAAAAACAGGAACCGAAACUGGAUGCAACGACGGCAACUUAUGGAUCGAAGACACAACGAAAGAACCAAUCCGAAGGCAAGCAAAAAAAGCAGAGAAAGAAACGUUCAGCACGAAACGAUACAAAACCAAAUCAAGGAAAGAAUAAACCGAAACAAAAGGUAAAAGCAACAACAGCAAUGUCAACCGCGUGGUACAAACCCAACAGACUUCCAAAGCGGAUCCGUUCCUGGACRUCGGCAACGAUCGAAUCAGGCACGAAUGUGGCACGCGGCACCWAUACUCCAAGGAACCCACKCCAGCGUCGUUCCAUCGAGGUUUGGGAGACAACAUGUGUCGUAACAAACAUGAACACCAAUCGCAACGAGUGGAAAGACAAACACAAGGAUAGCUGCGGUCGAGAACCCAGCGACGAGCCCCCCGGMRAUCUCGCUUCGUCCUCGAGAUCUGCCCUGCCACACUUUUCGGUUCUURUCAAUCCAGGAAAUCCCUCUCUGUCGGGGGUAUCCAGGUUUUCCUACUUUCCUAUCGGUGGACCAGAGCCCCCCGAGCACUUUCAGAUUUCCAAGGAUUCCCACCCCAUCAUGGGGUACGUCACGUCGUGGGGCGGGAUGGAGGUGGGGAAGGGAAUGGCCUUUGCGGCCAACACGGUCGACGGGAUCGUCCACCGGUACGGGGGCACCGAUCUGAAACGAGAAUGCGAACGGGCGGUGUCGCAGCUGUCGCCGCCYUUGGCCUGGUGGGAGCGGCUCCUGUUGCGAGCGGGGAUGGGCAGCGAUAAAAACGCUUGCAAAGACCGCAGGGGUCGCCUCCGGGAGGGAGUGGCCGUCGCAACAAGGGUCGCCGGGCCGGAGCUGCGAGCCGCAAGCGGAUACCAGCGGCUGGUGCACACGGUUCCUCCCUUUUUCGACAACGAGAAUCGAGCAGGCACCACCCGACGGAAGGAACUCGAUGCAACAACCACUCGGGAUCGAGAGAACAGCGAAACCUUGCUUGCCGAAUGCUAUCGCAAUUCUCUGGAAAUUGCGUCGUCGUCGUCGUCGUCGUCCGCGGAAGCAAGCGCAACGACGACACCAUCGUUGCAGGACCACGAGAACGUCUACAUUGCGUGUCCGCUCCUUGGUGCGGGCUGCCGAGGAUUUCCAACGGAACGAGCGAUCGAGGUUGCYGCCAGAACCACUGCCGACUGGAUGACAACGACGGGAACAUACGAACAAAACGAGAUGUCGUCGUCGUUGCAAGAGCAAAAACAAUCCGUAACUCUUGCAUUUGGAAUUCCGGAUGCCGAAAUCCGAAAGCAGCUCAUCGAAGCGAUCGAUCGAGAAGUGGAGCAAAGAACGACCCCACCCUGAAAACGUUGUAUGCACGAUGCACGACACGAGUGCGAGUGCGAGUGCGAAUGCGAAAAAAAAACUACGAACAUAAGGUGCGAAAUUGUAAUACAGUCUCUUGUGGGAACAUGCUAAGAAGGAACCGUUCCAGGAGUGUUUUGUCUCAUGCUCUAGACCGAUAUUAAAGACAUGGAUUUGUAACACAAUUCAAUCCUGGAUUCAAUCAAGUAACAUUGAAAAAUCCAAAAUCAACAUACUAAUUAAUGCGCUAUCUUCUUCCUCAGGCCUUUCCUCGACCAGGGCCACAUCUUUCGCAUCCCCUACCUCGUCCAGAGGACGCCGUUGGUUCCAACCCGUGAUGAGCACGCAGUGAUCAAUAUGAUACGCUCUGCAGAACCAGCAAGAAUCGAGAAAUAAACGAGAGACAUGGUU